UGUCUUCGUCGUCCUGGAACCUUUAGGGGUAAGCAGCGGAAAUCCGAGCCAGCCGUCGCUCAACAUAUCAUAAGUAUUGACCUUGCGGCAGCUCUCAAAUACCUCAGGCAUGAUGCUCGCCACGGAGCGGCGUGCUCGUCUGGCGGCUUUCAAGAAAGAGUGCGUAGAGCUGGAGUCGCAGAUCAAAGAGUUGAAGGCGCAAGUUCGUCAAGCCAACUCUCGCAUCGAGCAGAAGAAGUGUGAGAUGGCGCCGUUGGCUCCUGUGUACACUCUCGCAGACGACGUCGCCGCCGAGAUCCUGAAGUUCGCAUACCAGCACCAUUUCCCCCAUUGUCGUCUCGACGACGGUCUCCCACACACCAACUCUCCGAUAGCCAUCAGCCACGUCUCUCGUUGGUGGCGUAGACAGGCUACCUUGCUUCCGUUAAUUUGGACUUGCAUACAUGUCACACCAGAGCAACCUGCGCAUUACGCGAAGGUCGUCAAGGCAUACCUCGUUCGCUCUCGCGGGCUCCCUCUCUCGAUCUCGUUUCAGUGUUUUUCCAGAGACACGGAGACGGAAGAUGAAGACCUAGCUCCACAAAUCGACUGGCGAAGGUUCAAAGCCAGCUGGAAGUACCUCUUGACAGAGAAGGGCAGAUGGAAGAACUGUAGCAUAUACUUAUGGCACGAGCAGUCGGCCAGGAUCAUUCUUUCGUCUCUCAACAGCUACAAGUUCCCGCGUCUGGAGUACCUUGGCAUCUCGAUCGGCGCCGAGGACCAGUGCCCGUUCGUGCUGCCCCAGUUUGAGGCUCCAAAUCUCACUGAGCUACGCACGGAACUCUGGUUUCCCGUCGCCCGAGCUCCUCUUGGACUCUUUAACCGGCUUAUCGACUUGAAGAUCCAUGGCAUUCACUGCACUGUUGGCAAACUGAUGAACGUGCUUGUGGAAGCCGCAGGGACGCUGAGGCGCUUCAGCCUCUCACAAGCAUCUCUGGGAAUUGACGACAAUCCCACAAACAUCCCUUCGCAAACUCUCUCCCGGCUCACUUAUUUGUCGCUGCACGACGUUCACGAACAUCAUGAUCAUGAAGAUCGCAAGAUUUUUUCUAUGAUAUGCCGUGCAGCUGUUGCACUCGAUACACUGAGUGCUCCGCAAGCGAUGUUUGCGGAGGCCCUGUGCUCUGGCACAAUUUCACUUCCUACACUCCGUCAUCUCUUUCUAUCGCAUUCCUGGAGCCUGCGGAACAUGAGAAAUUUGGAAAUAAGGGCCCUCUUAUCCUCUACGGCGAAUCUCCAAACAUUGCAAGCUCUGGGUGCGCGACACAUUCGGCGAUGGCUGGAUGCGGCGGUAGAGAUGGAUAAGUCGUCGGGAGGCUGCAUCGCCUGGCCAAUCUUGGAGUCAUUAACGCUAAACGACAUAGAAUGCGGCGCGGCAUUAUCCAUGUUCGUCCAUCACAGAGUGCGCAUUGAGAAGCCUCUUAAGAACCUCGCUUUUGGCGACGAGCUUGCUGGGAGUCUAUCUAGUGGCGUCCUUGAUAGCUUUCAGCAGCUUCGAGUCGAUCUUUCGACCUACUCCCGGGCGUCGGCAGAGGCCCAAGCGCUGCUUAGGUCGCCAAAUGACUGGUGGAACAACGAUGUGGACAAGCCGAAUUUCAUACCAUGGAAGGGAUCUCAUACAUUCUACGACCAGUUUGACCCUCCGAAGUAAA